GCCAUGUUCGGCCGCGGAGCCGCCGCUCGCCUCAGCCAUGUCCGGCGGGCAGCGGCGCCCGGGCGGCGGGGACCCGGCCGGGCUGCGCAGUUCUGUGCAACAUCCACACUGCUGGCACCAAGAACAGGAAUGUAGAAGCUGGAAUGAUUCAGAUUCUUUGGUAUUUGAGGAAUAUCAAUGUGAGCAUUCAGACCACUGGCUGGAGAGCUCUACAGCAACAGAACAUUCUAGGCCUCUUUCUAGCUGCACCAGCUGGGAAGGUAGAAUUGAAGAAGGCAAAACAAUGAGGACAUCAAAUAAAAAAAUUACUAAUGAUUCUGCUAAUCCAGCUGAAAGGGAAACAGAUGAAGUGGUUCUGAGGAGAAGACAAAAACAGAUCAAUUUUGGAAAGAAUACCCUUGCAUAUGACAGAUACAUCAAAGAAGUUCCAAAGAAUCAGCGAAUACCAGGAGUCCAUCCUAGAACUCCCAACAAAUUUAAGAAGUACAGCCGUAGAUCCUGGGACCAGCAGAUCAGGCUGUGGAAGAUAGCACUGCAUGCCUGGGAUCCUCCUGCUGAAGAGACCUGGGAUCUGCAGCCAGUUAGUACAGAACCCUCAGGCAGUUCCCAGGAAUGGUUCUGCAAAGAUCAGGAUGUUUCUGGCUCCUUUGGGUUUGACGAAAAGCAGAAGAGAAGUGAAUGUGAAGAUGACUGCAGACAGACUGACUACACACCUGAGAGUCCCUGUUCAUCUGAUUCUUCUCCAGUAUGGAAACGCAGAAAAAGAAACAAUUCUGAGUCCUCUGUGGUUUCAGAGAGCAAAGCCCCUUAUGUGCAGAUGUACCACACACUGGAAAGCCUUACUGACUCAGGACAUAAGGAGGCUCUUUCAAAAUGCUCAGAGUGGGAAGCCUUCGGUGAGGAUGAUGAAGUAAUGACAGUACAGCAAGGUAUAGAAAUAACAAGUGACCCAAUUCCAGCCAGUUGUUCUUCGGGGUGGAACAAUCCGAAACAGAAGAAAUCCAACUUCUUUCUGCCUGACAACAAAACCUGCAGAGACACAGACUGCAGGCUGGAGAGGUAUAAAACGCAGCUCAUCAUUCAGGGUUUGGGGUUUUUUUUUGCAUAUUAAUUUAGAAGCUUUGUUGAUUAAUGCUGUAUUU